ACUAGGCUUUUUAAAGGAGCUUCAAGAUGCUGUUGUCACAACCGGACUUUUGAGCUGGUGUCUGUUUUUGCUCAGCUUGUCUUCCAUCUUCUUUGCUUCUUCGGCCAGUAUGAAUACGAGGGGGCGCUACAACGAGGCGCCGUCCACCAACAACCUGGGGAACAAUGGAGAUGAUUUCCCCGUAUUCGAACCUUUUAAUGAGGACCAAGUGGAAUUUGACGACGAGCUGGACCCGCGAGGGCGGGGAGGGGCGCUGAGUGUGGAGGACGUCAACAUGUGCAAGGAGAUCAACAUGCCCAAGCAUCGAACCCAAGCUUAUGACACCCAGCACCUGGUGAUCCGCCGGGGACAGGAGUUCCUCCUGCACAUCACUUUUUCUCGACCGGUCACGCCCAGGGACCAGUUCCAGCUGGAGUUCCUGAUCGGUUCCAAGCCCUCCAUCCCUCGGCGCACCCUGGAGAGGGUGACGUUCGGCACGCGGCGGCGGGGUCGCUGGCCAGGUCGCAUCGUGGACUCCCAGGGCUCGUGGCUGCUGUUGGGAAUCACCCCACAAGCCGACACCAUCGUGGGGAAGUUCCGAAUGUAUGUCACCAUCGUGUCCAGAAGAGGCUUGCAGCGCACCAAGAGGAACCCGGCCACCGACUGUUACAUCCUCUUCAACUGCUGGAAUAGCGAGGAUUCCGUGUAUUAUCCGGACGAGCAAGGACGGCUGGAGUACGUUCUCAACGACACCGGCGCCAUCUACAUGGGUUCCAAGGACACUUUGCUCAGUCGCGACUGGGUCUAUGGACAGUUUGAACGGGGCAUCUUGGAUGCGUGCAUUUACAUCCUGGACGCCUGCCGCAUGCCCAUCCGUAACCGUGGCGACGCCAUCAGAAUGGUCCGGUUGGGUUCUGCUUUGAUUAACUCUCAGGAUGAAAACGGCGUCGUGAUGGGCAACUGGAGUGAGAACUUUUCUGGAGGCACAGCGCCCACCCUGUGGACGGGCAGCGUGAAUAUCCUGUUGCAGUACGCCAACACGGGGAGUCCCGUGCGCUACGGCCAGUGCUGGGUUUUCGCCGGAGUCUUCAACACAUUCCUGCGCUGCCUGGGCAUCCCGGCCAGAAUCAUCUCCAACUUCAACUCGGCCCACGACAACAACGGCAACCUGAAAGUCGAGCUGAUCUUCAAGGCCGAUGGAUCGGCGGACGAGCGCAACACGCAGGACUCCAUCUGGAACUACCAUUGCUGGAACGAGGUCUACAUGAAGCGGCCCGACUUGCCCCCCCGACUGAGCGGCUGGCAGGUGGUGGACGCCACCCCCCAAGAGACCAGCGACGGUCUCUACCGCUGUGGCCCCGCCUCUGUGAUCGCCAUCAAGGAGGGUAUUGUGGCCCACUCCUACGAUGGACCCUUCGUUUUUGCUGAGGUGAACAGCGACGUCGUCUACUUGACCCACGACAAAAACAGCAACGUCAUUUCCACCUACGUGGACAAGAGGCUGGUGGGAACAGGACUCUUCACCAAGCACAUCUUGGUGGACGCCCCCGACGACGUCACGGCCACGUACAAGUACCCCGAAGGGAGUCCUGAUGAGAAGAAGGCCAUGGUAACUGCCCAGGGCUUCGGUUUGCAGCGAGACGACGUUCCACCAGACACCGAUUCUCUACUCAAAUGCACGCUCUCCGUCGAAAAGGCGGAGCUGGGCAAGGACGUGGACCUAGUGGUGGAGAUCCAGAACAACAGCGACACGGUCCAAAUGGCCAAAGCCCUGGUGACGUCCAGCGUCAUCUUCUACACGGGCGUGCUGUCCAAUCGUUUCAAAGAUGAGCUCGUCGAGGUCACCGUGCCACCCAACAUGACCGAGCGCGUGGUGUUGAAGAUCAAGGCUCAGGAUUACCUGAAGAACCUGGGCUUCCAGCGCUUCCUGGCCUUCACACUGGUGGGUCGCGAGGACACCAUGUACCUGAACGUGUUGAAGGUGGUCUACCUCCAGGGCCCCAAACUCCAGCUGGAGGUGAGCGGAGUCCAAGCGGUUGGACAGGACAUGUUUGUCACCGUCUCCUUCGUCAACACCUUCAACUUCCCUCUCUACAACGUCACCUUGGGCAUGGAGGGCCCCCGAGUCAUGCCCAAUAGGAAACGUUUCUACAACAUCAUCCAACCUCAAGGUUCCUUCAACUGGAAGGAGUCCUUCAUCCCGAAAGUAAGCGGAAUGCGCACCCUGGUGGCCGUCAUGUCCUGCGGCAAUCUGUGUGAGAUUUGGGGAAAGAUUAAUUUCACAGUUGAAGAGAAGCUUGACGAUGAACAUGCGCCCACCUCAUUUUGAGAUAGACACAAACGACAGGUCCCACGCUGGCUUCUCCCGCACGCUUUUUGCAAUCGCCAAUAAUCGGAAUGAUAUUGGAAAAAUUGUGACAGUAAAUCUGUUCUUUAAUCAAAGUUGCAACAUGAUGACAAAAACUAGUCUGACAAAAUUUUGACUGCAGUUGAGUACAACCGAACAUUUUCACUAAGAAUUCAAAAGAUUAUAUCCUAAGAAGUUGAUUUUUUUUUUGUGUUGACAAAACUAGCCUUUUUUCAAUUCGGUCCUUAUCGCCUCGAGAAAACCUGGACGAAAAAUGCCUCCACAAACCAAGUGAUUGUUUCUCUCUUCAACCAAUUUCUGCUCUAAUGCAUUUCUUGCUCAUCUAACAAUAAAGCAAAGUCAAAAGCA